CAGGCUUAAUUUUUUUCCCUCCGCGUUUUAGGGUUCUUGGUGGGCGUUUAGGCGUUUAGCGGGCGCUCGAUCGAUCGAUCAUGUAUCUCAUGUGCUAUGUCAACGAGGAGGGCCAGAAGGUGUACACGAUCAAGAAAGAGGCGCCCGAUGGAUCGCCCACUGAAUCCUCGCAUCCAGCGCGAUUCUCCCCGGACGAUAAAUUCUCCAAGCAGCGCGUGAUGCUCAAGAAGCGAUUUGGAAUCCUUCCUACACAGAAGCCGCCGCACGAAUAUUAAAAGGAAUAUUUUGUUUGUUCAAUGUAAGAGCAAGAGCCCUAAUUUCAAGAUCUAACUUCCCAGGA